AUGGCACCGCCUCGAUUCCUUUCCAUUUUCCGUCAGUCUUAUAGGGUCUCGGAUCUGGAGAAGCAUGCACCCACACAAUAUCGCGGCUUGCCUUGGAUUGCUAGCCCAAUCAAUCAAGCGGAAGAUGGCCACCAUUUUUACCGACACUCGGACGCCACGCCAAUCGAACUCUUCUUUGACCUAUUUUUUGUGGCCAACCUCUCGACAUUUACCGCUACCCAUCAUAUCAAUAACGUCAAUGCUUUGUGUGCAUACAUCGGAUUCCUUGCUGUUAUCUGGUUUACUUGGCUACAAGUCACUCUCUUCGAUGUCCGAUUUGCCCGAGACUCUGUCUUUGAGCGGUCAUGCAAGGCGAUUCAGCUUGGCGCGAUGGUUGGCUUUGCAUCAGCGGGGUCGAGAUUCAGCACGACCGUUCGUGAGGAGAAUGCAUGGGCAUUCCAAUCUCUCACCCUAAUCUUGGCCGGGAGUCGCGCGCUAUUAGCCAUCCAGUACACAGUCAACGUUUUCUUCCUUCGCUCCUCCAUGAAACAUGCAGCUAGGGGCGUUGCUUAUACGGCCCUUGUUUUUUGGGUGACAACAGUCUUUUAUAUCGUGAUGUAUCUUGCAUUUUCCGGCAGCUAUGGGUUUCGUGCUCGGAUCUGGACCGUUUGGUUUGUUCUUUUUGGUGUUGAAAUGUGGACGGUUACGGGGCUAUCCUUGAUGUACCCGGAUCUUGGGUUCAAAGAUACCCACCUCAAUACCCGAAUGGGCCUGCUUACGCUGAUCAUCAUCGGAGAGGGUGUCAUUGCUAUCACUCGUAUUGUCAACAAGACUGUACGGCCCGGUGGAUGGACCAAAUGGUCGUUUGUUCACAUUUUGGGAGUGACAACGAAUGUGUAUGUUAUCUGGCAGGUUUACUUCGACGUCUCGCCUCGUGGCCAGCUCAGGAAGUUCAAGCAGCAGCUUUGGGCUCAGUUACACUUCCCGUUUCACGUGGUGCUCAUUCUGCUUCUUGAAGGGUCACAGAUUCUGGCGUUGACUCUAGAUGUAACAUUGAAACUGAAGUAUCUGGGAGAGACGCUUCUAUUUGUGUGCGAACCACCACGUCCUAGCACCGACAGGGCGGUGGCGCUGAUUCGAAGCACGAUCGACGAUAUGGAGAUCCCGUUCAGCAAAGGGGCUUCGCAAGAAUGGGCCUCGAUUUCGAGUCUCCUGGAAUCUCUGGCCCUACAGCCUCUGUGUCCAAAUCGUGAAACCUUGGACUAUGAGUACACCGCAGACUUGUUCAAUGAUCUCACAGGCAACGUCACAGCGGCCCUUUUCUCGAGCAUGGAUAUUUUACCUGGUAAAAAGGCCGACAUCAAUCUGCUCACCAACCAACAACUGCUUGAGAUGUACAUGAAACUCUUAGCCUUCGUGUAUAUCUAUUUCUUCGUGGUGGCCAGUAUUUCCAUGGGCCUCCUUGCCGCUUUUCAAGUGCUCUGUCGCCGUCAUGAAAUCCAUUUCCAUCGGAACAUUUCGACGACUGUGCGCAUAGUCCUCGCAACAUCGCUCGCCAGUCUUGUCUCAUUCGCCAGCCACUUUCCAUUGGCUUAUUCGUUCAUGACUUCGCCCAUCAUUCUUUAUGCAUUCACUUUGACGCUUCUAUGUGGUCAGUUUCAUUCCCCUUGUCUGUUGUUUGAUAUGAAAUCUGAUUGGCUCAAGUGCUCCUGGCUGACCGACUUUUGGACCAUUUCGCAUCCCGGAGAGAUGCAGCGGGCCGACGGAACGGGAGAAGCAGCACCGAACUUGAGUGUCGUGCAUCUGCACCGGGGAUGGUGGAAAUAG